AUGAAGAACGCUCAAGAGAAGGAUUUCAAAGCCCGUCAACACGUCGAGCUCUUAAAAAAGGAAUGGGGCAUUGGAGUCUCUACUCUUUGCCUGAUUUACAAUGCAACUGGCGACACUAUUACAUAUAUUACCAGCCAUAACCAUUAUGGGCAUCUCUAUGGCCCCGAAUACACUAAAGAGAUUGCGAAUGGCCAGUGGGGUGCAUUUUUACAUGUCAAAAGUACUGGGGAGGCCGUUGGAUCCACCGCUGUCGUCGUUUAUCGUGGCAAAAACGAAGCUGAACAAGAAUGUGAUUGGUUGUUGGGUUGGUCCAACCCUUGGGACAGAGCGAGUUGGGAUAACAUGGUUUAUUCGGAGAUCAAGGAGGCUAAGCACUAUGACAAUGGUAAUCUUUGGGGUGGGAUUGCAACUGAGAUGUACAAGUGUGGUCAGUCCAAAAGUGUCAAAUGGAAUGGAUGCUUAUCCUAUGUGUCAACUGGCAGCUACACAUCUCCCAUAUUUGAGGCCAUAAUGACACUAAAAGAUGCAGACGAAGACCCUAUUGUCUAG